AGCCACUCCACCCCCACAAUCAUUUACUCUGGCUGUGGCUUUCAAUUCAACAAUGGAGCAUCAUUUCUCAGAACCCGCCCCGGGUCCAACCUCUCUCUCUUUCUCUCCCAAUAUCUCCUCAGUCUAUACCGACUAAAAAAAGUCUGACUUGCAUAGAAGAAGCCUCGUCUCCGCCACUCUCGCCGUCGUCUCCUAAAGUCUCCGCAGAGAGAGAGAGAGAAUGUGUGGCUGCUUUGCGCUGGAUACUGGAAUCGGGAGCUCUCUCCACUGUUUCGCAGAUCGAAUCUAACGGCGAACUGUUCCAGAUCUCGUAUCGUUGUGAAGUGGCUUCACGGCUUGACCAUCUUGUUUUAAAGCUGUAUGUCCACAGGAACAAUCGCUCAGCUUGUUGCAUCAAAUGAUUUGGAAUAAACCUAUGCUUUACCUGUGCCAAAAUGGGCAACUAUUGUCUAAACUUUGGCCAGCCAUUGUUAUACACCCUUCUACUUCUACUCUACAUUUUGGUAGAACUGCAUGCUCUUAGUCCUGAUGGCCAAGCACUUGUUAAUUUCAGAAGUACAAUAUUGAGUUCAGAUGAUGUUAUUCUCCAAUGGAGACCCGAAGAUCUUGAUCCAUGUGGGUGGAAAGGAGUAAUAUGUGACCCAAAAUCGAAGCGAGUUACAUCCUUGAGCCUCUCGAAUCACAAGCUGAGUGGGCCUAUAUCACCAGAUAUUGGGAAACUAGAACAGUUGCAAUUCAUAUCACUGCAUGACAACAACAUUUAUGGGGAAAUACCUCCUCAGUUGGGAAACUGUACAAUGUUGAAAUCCCUGUAUUUGCAGGGUAAUUAUCUGAGUGGGGGGAUUCCUGAUCAGCUAGGAAACCUUCUUGAACUUGAAAAUAUGGAUUUCUCUAGUAACUCGCUGAGUGGAAAUAUUCCACAAUCACUUGGGAAGUUAAACAAGCUCAUAUCAUUCAAUGUAUCAUAUAAUUUCCUAAUUGGACAAAUACCUUCUGAUGGUCGCCUUGCCAACUUUCCUAGUGACUCCUUUCUUGGAAAUCGUAAAUUGUGUGGUCAACAAAUUAAUGCACUCUGCAAAAACAGUUCCGGUGGUCCUUCUCCAUUUUCCCAGCCUCCUAUUUCUGACCCAAAUCAAAAUAAGAAAAAAGGUCCUGCGUAUCUGCUUAUAUGUGCUUUAGCCACAGCUGGUGCUUUGCUUUUGGUUGCACUCAUGUGUUUCUGGGGCUCCUUCCUCUACAAGAGGCUGGGUAAAAAUGACCGCAGAGGUCUCUCUGUGGAUGUGGGAGCAGGUGCUUCAAUUGUGAUGUUUCAUGGAGAUUUGCCAUACUCAUCAAGUGAUAUUAUCAAAAAGUUGGAGACACUGAAUGAAGAACACAUAAUUGGUUCUGGUGGCUUUGGAACAGUAUACAAGCUUGCAAUGGAUGAUGGAAACAUCUUUGCCUUGAAAAGAAUUAUCAAAAUGAAUGAGGGCUUUGAUAGAUUUUUUGAAAGGGAACUUGAAAUUCUUGGUAGCAUUAAACACAGACAUCUGGUAAAUCUGCGAGGAUAUUGCAAUUCUCCAACAUCGAAGUUGUUAAUAUAUGAUUUCUUACCUGGAGGCAGCUUAGAUGAAGCUUUGCAUGAGAGAUCUGAGCAAUUGGACUGGGAUGCACGAGUAGCAAUAAUCAUGGGAGCAGCAAAAGGGCUGGCAUAUUUGCAUCAUGAUUGUUCUCCUCGGAUUAUACACCGUGACAUAAAGUCUAGCAACAUCUUACUUGAUGGUAACCUUGCUGCCUGUGUAUCCGACUUUGGAUUGGCCAAAUUACUUGGAGAUGAGGAGUCUCACAAAACAACAAUUGUAGCAGGCACGUUUGGGUAUUUAGCUCCAGAGUAUAUGCAAAGUGGUAGAGCGACUGAAAAGACAGAUGUGUAUAGUUUUGGGGUUCUGGUACUUGAAAUAUUAAGUGGAAGUCGUCCAACUGAUGCAUCAUUCAUUGAGAAGGGCCUAAACAUUGUUGGCUGGUUAAAUUUUUUGGUCACCGAGAACAGACCCCAGGACAUAGUUGAUCCGCUCUGUGAAGGCAUGCAGACAGAGAGCCUUGAUGCACUGCUCUCAAUUGCAAUACAAUGUGUCUCUUCAAACCCAGAGGAGCGGCCCACCAUGCACAGGGUACUUCAGAUACUUGAAUCUGAAGUCAUGACGCCAUGCCCUAGUGACUUCUACGACUCUGAUUGAAGCGACAAUGCUAAAACACCCAGACAUCUCCCAGGGGCUCAAGAUUUAUUUGGUUUCAGCUGCUUCAUUCAACAGAACGUGGAAUCACAAGUCUAUGGAUCACUUCACGAACACGCAACCAAUCACACUUCUUCAGGGUUUGAGGUUUUUUCCUUGACUCCUCUUUAGCAUCCAUGUUUUUUUAUUUCCCAUGUGCAUCAGUCUUGUUCUUCUUCCACAUGUAUGCAAAUCGAGCAUUGGCAUCAUACCAUUUUCUUUGUUGUCUAGGCGUUCUCCUUUUCAAUUUCUUUUGAUAUGUAGUGUUCCUAAAUUUAUUUGUAUAUUACGGAGUAAAUGAUUGUAUUGAUUCAAACUUGUCAUUUUUGUAAUUAUUAUUAAGUAUCCAAGUCCUGAGCACAAAUGAUAUUCU